AAUUGCGUCAUAAGUGCGACCUGGAAGAGAGAUGGCGGCGAGUAAGAAGUCGGUGCUGUCCUCGCUGGCCGUGUAUGCCGGGGACUCGGAGCCCGAGCUGGAGAGUGACGGGGAGAUUGAGGAUGAUAUUGGGGGUCUGGUGUCCAAAGCCUAUGGACAGGAUGACAUAUCCCGGAUUGAAGAGGAUGGAUCCAACAAGGAAGAUGAUGACACCAGCCAACAAUCGGAAGAGGAAGAUUCAGAGACUGAGAAUCAGGAGACUGGUGACACAAAGGAACAAUCUGAGCUGGAAAAGAGGGACCCCCAGGAGCUUGUGGCAUCUUUCUCUGAAAGAGUUCGGAACAUGUCACCAGAUGACAUCAAAAUCCCCCCAGAACCUCCAGGCCGCUGCUCUAACCACCUACAGGAUAAGAUUCAGAAACUGUAUGAGAGAAAGUUAAAAGAAGGAACGGACAUGAAUCAUAUUAUACAGAAGAAAAAGGAGUUCCGGAACCCCAGUAUCUACGAGAAACUCAUCCAGUUUUGUUCCAUUGAUGAGCUGGGCACAAACUAUCCAAAGGAUAUGUUUGACCCUCAUGGAUGGUCAGAAGAUUCUUACUAUGAGAGCCUUGCUAAAGCCCAGAAGAUUGAAAUGGACAAACUGGAGAAAGCAAAAAAAGAGAGAACAAAGAUUGAGUUUGUAACUGGCACUAAGAAGGGUACAACCACAAGUGCACCUACUGGAACCACCAGCACCACUACAACUGCCACUGCUGAUGCACAGAAAAGAAAGAGCAAGUGGGACUCUGCUAUUCCAAUAACCACCAUUUCGCAGCCCACAAUCCUUACCACCACCGCUACACUGCCAUCUGUCGUUACAGUAACCACCAGUGCUAGUGGCUCAAAAACUACAGUCAUCUCUGCUGUGGGUACAAUUGUGAAAAAGGCCAAGCAGUGAAAGAGAAGGUGGCCUACAGACUGAACAUUUGACAAUAAAAAUGACUCUGUACAGCCUGGAACUCUUUUUCUAUACUUGUAUUGAGGAGAUACCAGGACUAUCGAUGAGACUCAAGCGCUUUAUUACAAUUUAUGAUCGGACAAUAAUCAGAGGGAAGAUGAUCCACCUAUCCUGUUUUUGGAUGCUGGAAUUGUUUUCUGGACAUUUCAUAUUGGGUUGGAAGUCUUUUGAUGGUUUAUAAACAGCGGGUUUCCUGUCUACAUAUUUUAUUUCUUUUAAUUCUUCAUUAAAUUAAUUAUUUU